UUCAUCAUCCUCCAUCAACAUUUAUUCAAUUAUCAUGAAGAACGUCAGAAGAAGCAAACACCUUUAUGCAACCUUAAAACCUCUUUACCUAUUAUCCCUGUUUCUACACAUGAUCGUCACCCUAGUGGUGGCCCAAGAUGACGACGGGUCAUCUGUCCACGCUCCGCCCGAUUUGAUCACCGUUGCAUGCGGCUAUACCGGCCCCCAAUUGAAUUCGCUUGAGCAGCGAUAUUGGAUUGGAGAUGUGUAUUCAAAAUAUUCCCCCUUAGAAGAACACCAGUCUGGUCAAGCAUCCGUCGUCAGAGAAGCUCCACCGUCCUCCUCCGUCACCAAAAUGCCUUACACCUGGGCUCGGCUUUCUCGUUCUGCAUUUACUUACAGGUUUUCCCUUGCUACGGACGGCCAAAAGUUCAUACGCUUGUAUUUCAACCCAGUUUCAUAUGGCCCUAACUUGGACCGCUCUAAAGCCCUUUUCUCUGUCGCAGCCGGUGGCUAUACCUUUCUCCACGACUUCAAUGCUUCAGUCACCGCAGAUGCUUAUGGCGAGGAGACUCUGCUCAGAGAGUUCUGUUUGAACGUUGAUGGAAAAAAGCUCCUCAACAUCACAUUUACUCCAAGCCAAUCAAGCCUAGAUGCGUACGCUUUUAUCAACGGAAUUGAGAUCGUAUUCAUGCCUACCAAUUUCUACUACACUGCACCCGAUGGGGUAAUUAGUUAUGUAGGCAACGGCGGAGGAAAGGACUUUCGCGUCGGAAACAGCACUGCUCUGGAGACGGUCUAUCGAAUGAACGUCGGUGGAAUCCCACUCUCCUGCACUCAAGAUGACAUGUACCGCAAUUGGGAUGGCUUGGAAAAAGAGCAAAAAUAUUUGGAAGCUUCAAGUUCACUUUUCAGCAGGAUAGAACAUGCCAAUAUUCCAUUCGACUUUUCCAAAAUAGCAAGCUACAGAGCGCCAGUACAAGUUUACCAAACUGGCCGGUCAAUAAUGAGCGCGGACUCAACCUUGAACUACAAUCUCAGCUGGGAAUUCCCUGUAGACUCCGAGUUUGCUUACCUAGUUAGAAUGCAUUUUUGUCGGCUUCCACCGGUCAACCACUUUGGAUCGUUUGAAAUUUACAUAGCCGAUCACAAAGCUGAAGAACAGGCCGAUAUAUUCGCAUGGGGUGGUGGAGCUGGAAUUGCAUUGUACAGAGACUACGUUGUGUCCAUGGGUAGCUCUGGGAGCAGCCAGAAGAAGACAAAUCUUUCUAUCGCUAUGUAUGGUAUGUUGAAUGGGCUUGAAAUCUUCAAACUGAAUAACUCAAGAGGAAAUCUCGCCGGACCAGGCCCCAACCCAGACCCACGUCACCACGUACCUCGACCAAAGCUGACGCAUAUGCAUGUCAUUGUUGCUGGUGCAGUUUCCGGCAUAGUUGUCCUGAUUUCUGCCCUCGUAGGAGCAUUCUUGAUUUUCAGGCGAAAUUGGAAGAAAGCCAAGUCCUUGAGUUCCAAUUCUUUACCGCCUUAUUCGUGUCGUUACUUUUCACUGGCAGAUAUCAAAGCCGCCACCCAAAACUUUAGCAGUUGUUUCAUUAUUGGAGUUGGAGGGUUUGGAAACGUGUACAAAGGAUGCAUUGAUGGUGGGGCCACACAAGUUGCAAUCAAACGGCUGAAACCCGAGUCAUCACAGGGGGCACACGAGUUCAAGACGGAGAUCGAGAUGCUCUCGCAGCUUCGCCAUCGCCAUUUGGUUUCUCUAAUCGGAUAUUCAAGUGAUAAAGGUGAAAUGAUUUUGGUGUAUGAUUACAUGGCACGGGGGACUCUAGCUGACCAUCUCUACCACCACAAAGAUAACCUACCUCCCCCUCCUCUUCUUUCUUGGGAACAACGGCUUCAUAUUUGUAUAGGUGCAGCGCGAGGGCUGCAGUACCUCCACAGUGGGGUCAAGGGCACCAUCAUCCACCGUGACGUGAAGAGCACCAACAUCUUGUUGGACGAGAAAUGGGUGGCCAAGGUUUCGGAUUUUGGGUUGUCAAAAAUGGGCACCGCCGACACGUCCAAGACGCACAUCAGCACGGUGGUAAAAGGAAGUUUCGGGUAUCUUGACCCGGAAUAUUACCGACUUCAACGGCUGACUGAGAAGUCAGAUGUGUAUUCGUUUGGGGUAGUGCUGUGUGAGAUAAUGUGUGGUAGGCCAGCCGUGAUGCAUACAGAUACAGUGGAGUUGGGGCAAAUCAACUUGGCUCAGUGGGCCAAGAGAUGUUACCGUGAUGGGAAACUGGAUCAAAUUAUUGACCCAAACAUUAAUAGGGGUGGUAAGAUGAUUGAAACUGAGGGCUUGAAUAAGUUUGUUGAGAUUUCAAUGAGUUGCAUGCAUGAUAAUGCAAUCGAACGACCAUCGAUGAAUGAUGUUGUGAGGGGGCUCGAAUUUGCACUGCAGCUUCAUCACAACUGCAUUGAAAGCAACACUAGUAGUAGUGAGCAAAGUUGCGUGACCGAUGAAUCCAUUAAAUGCAUAUCCGCCACCAUCUUCUCUGAGAUCAUGGAUCCCAGUGGGAGCAAUUACCUUUCCUUUUUCCUGUCCACCAUCGUCAUCCUACUCGUGGCGGCUGGAGAUUCGCCACCUAUCUACACUCCGGUGGAAGAUAUCACCGUCAAAUGUGGCUAUUCCGGCAAUUCGUUCAACGAACAUGAUCGCCGAAAUUGGAUUGGAGAUAUCAACUCAAUAUUUUCCCCCUUUGAACGCCAAGCAGUUGGGAACACAUCCAUAUUCAAACAAGCACCUCAUUCGAACACCGUCCAACAAGUGCCUUACACCACAGUGCGACUUUCUCGCUCUGAAUUUACUUACAGUUUUGAACUCACCAGAGGCCCAAAGUUCAUCCGCUUGUAUUUCAACCCAGUUUCCUACGGCCCUGACUUUGACCGAUCCAAAGCCAUCUUCUCAGUCAAAGCCAGGGGCGUUACCCUUCUCCACGACUUCAAUGGUUUAGUCACUGCCGAUGCGUCUGGGUUGGACAGAAUAUACAAAGAGUUCUGUUUAAACAUGGAUAAAGAAGAGAGCUUGAACAUCACGUUCACUCCGAGCAAAACAAUCCCAGAUGCGUAUGCGUUUAUCAACGGAAUUGAAAUUGUGUCCAUGCCCCCCGAUCUGUACUACGGUUUACGCGACUGGAAUCCGAUUAUAAUUGCAGGCACCGGAAGCAACUUUGUCCUCGAAAACAGCACUGCUCUGGAGAUGGUCUACAGAAUAAACGUCGGUGGAAACUCAAUCUCUUCCAAUCAAGACACUGGCAUGUACCGCAAUUGGGAUGGUUUCCCAGAGGAGCGGAAUUACUUGGACGAUGUAAGUUUAACAAGGAGCGUUCUAAGACAGAACUUGAGUAUUCAACUCAACUUUUCUGAAAUACCAGCGUACACAGCGCCAAAGCAAGUUUAUCAAACCGCCCGGUCUAUCAACGAGAUCUACAAUCUCACCUGGGAAUUCCCUGUAGAUUCCAGGUUUUCUUACCUGGUUAGGCUUCAUUUUUGUCAGUCUCGAUCCACGAUAAUAGAUCCGCGGUCUGAACUUUACAUAGCCAAUCAAACCAGCAGAUUGCCAAUAUCGGACUUAGAAAAUGUAUUAUAUGGGAGCUUCGGAAAUGGGCUUCCAUUCUAUGGGGACUUCACAGUGUUUAUGUCUGGCCCCGGACCCGAGAGCAAAGUUGAUCUCUUCAUCGCACUGCCACCAGUGGAUUCGUUAGGAGAUUAUGCAUUUCUGAAUGGUCUCGAAAUCUUCAAACUGAUUUUCCCAAAUGGUAAUCUGGCCGAUCACGACCCACCAAAGGGUACUACGUCAAGCUCAAAAAUACCCAAAAACAAGGCAAGGACACGUAUGCUUGCCAUCGUCGCCGGUGUAGUUUCCGGCGUACUUGUGCUUUCUGUCUUAGCAUUCUUUGUCUUCAGACAAAGAUGGAAAGUCAAGUCCUCUGGCUCCACCCAAGGGACGACUAAGUCAACAAAGAGCUACGAGUCAUCUUUACCGUCUGAUUUGUGUCGUUCCUUUUCACUUACUGAGAUCAAAGCUGCCACCCAAAACUUCAAUAAAACUUUCAUUAUUGGAGUAGGAGGAUUUGGGAACGUGUACAAAGGCUGCAUCGAUGGUGGCGCCACCCCUGUUGCAAUUAAACGACUGAAACCGGAGUCAUCACAGGGGGCUCAUGAGUUUAAGACAGAAAUCGAGCUGCUCUCUCAACUCCGUCACCGCCAUUUGGUUUCACUCAUUGGGUUCUGCACCGACAAAGGCGAGAUGAUCUUGGUCUACGAUUACAUGGCACGUGGGACUCUCGGUGGCCAUCUCUAUCGCUCCGAUAACCCACCUCUUUCGUGGGAACAACGGCUUCAAAUUUGUAUUGGCGCAGCGCAAGGGUUGUGCUACCUUCACAGUGGUGCCAAGGGCUCUGUUAUUCACCGCGAUGUGAAGAGCACAAAUAUUUUAUUGGAUGAGAAAUGGGUGGCAAAGGUUUCGGAUUUCGGGUUGUCAAAAAUGGGCACAACCACCAUGUCCAAAACCCACAUCAGCACGGCCGUGAAAGGUAGUUUCGGGUAUUUGGACCCAGAAUACUAUCGAUGUCAGCGGCUGACUCUGAAGUCUGAUGUGUACUCCUUUGGUGUCGUGUUGUGCGAGGUGUUGUGUGGGAAGCCAGCUUUGAUUCAUACGGCGGAGGGGACUCGAAUGAGCCUUCCUGAGUGGGCCAGGAGAUGUCAUCGCGAUGGGGACCUUGAUCAAAUCAUCGACCCAAGUUUGAGGGGUAUGAUUGGAGCCGAGUGCCUGAAUAAGUUUGGUGAGAUCGCUGUGAGCUGCAUCCAGGAUAAUGGGGUUGACCGGCCUUCGAUGAAUGAUGUUUUGAGGGAGCUUGAGCUUGCCUUGCAGCUUCAUCAAAAGAGCAUUGGAAGUAAGGGUGACAAUGAGGUUGCCUUUUACAGUGACACUGCUGCCAAAGCUAGUAGCAGUGAGCUGACUUGUGCAACCGAUCAAUCUAUUCAACGUAUAUCCGGGACAAUCUUUUCUGAGAUUAACGAUCCGAAUGGAAGAUGAUAAGCAAUGUGGCUAGAAGCAUAGGCACUUACGAUCGAGGGGCCUGGACUAUGAUUUCAGUGGGAUGGUAAAUAUGUUAAAGCAAUGUUUCAUAUCAGUUGUAUUUGAACAAAAUUAAUUGAAUGAAAA